AUGGCAGAUCUUGUGACCUACAGUAAUGCUGACCACAACGUUGAACAGGCAUUGAUUACAUUGAAGAAGGGCACACAACUUUUGAAAUAUGGUCGCAAAGGGAAGCCGAAGUUUUAUCCUUUUAGACUGUCUAGUGAUGAAAAAUCUUUGAUCUGGAUAUCGAGUAGUGGUGAAAAGCGACUGAAACUAGCAUCUGUAUCUAAAAUCAUACCUGGGCAAAGAACUGCUGUGUUCCAGCGUUAUCUUCGUCCAGAGAAAGACUACUUAUCUUUUUCUCUCUUGUACAACGGCAAAAAGAAGUCUCUUGACUUGAUUUGUAAGGACAAGGUUGAGGCAGAGAUUUGGAUUGGAGGACUUAAAACAUUGAUAUCGUCUGGCCAAGGCGGCCGCUCUAAAAUCGAUGGCUGGAGUGGCGGAAACCUCUCUGUUGAUGCUAGCAGAGACUUGACAUCAAGCAGUCCAAGCAGCAGUUCUGCGAGCGCUUCACGGGGUCACAGCUCUCCAGGGACUCCUUUUAAUAUCGAUCCAGUUGCUUCUCCUACUAAGAGUGUUGAGCCUGAGGUGGUUCCAUUAACUGAUUCAGAGAAGCCACAUGUUGUUGUUGUUGCAUUGGACACCAAAAACAUGCAAACAAAGGUACCUGGCUCAGAUGGUUUUCGUGUCAGUGUCUCUAGUGCACAGAGUAGUUCUAGUCAUGGCUCUGGAGCAGAUGACUCUGAUGCUCUAGGCGACGUUUACAUUUGGGGUGAGGUGAUAUGUGACAAUGUGGUCAAAGUCGGGAUUGAUAAGAGUGCGAGUUAUCUAACCACGAGAACGGACGUCCUUGUGCCGAAGCCGUUGGAGUCGAAUAUUGUCCUUGAUGUUCAUCAGAUCGCAUGUGGUGUUAGGCAUGCUGCGUUUGUGACACGUCAAGGUGAGAUUUUCACUUGGGGUGAAGAAUCUGGAGGAAGGCUUGGUCAUGGUAUUGGGAAAGAUGUUUUCCAUCCUCGUCUCGUUGAGUCUCUCACAGCUAUUGACUUUGUUGCUUGUGGAGAGUUUCACACUUGUGCUGUUACUCUCUCUGGAGAGCUCUUUACUUGGGGUGAUGGUACACAUAAUGUUGGUCUCUUAGGUCAUGGCUCUGGUAUUAGUCACUGGAUACCAAAGAGAAUCGGUGGUCCUCUCGAAGGGCUUCAUGUGGGUUCAGUAACUUGUGGACCUUGGCAUACGGCUUUGGUAACAUCUCAUGGGAGGCUUUUCACAUUUGGAGAUGGAACGUUUGGUGUGUUAGGUCACGGUGACAGGGAAACAGUUCAGUAUCCGAGAGAGGUUGAGUCUUUGUCAGGGUUGAGAACGAUUGCGGUUUCUUGCGGCGUUUGGCACACUUCUGCUGUUGUGGAGAUCAUUGUCACGCAGUCAAACUCAAGCUCUGUGUCGUCUGGGAAGCUGUUCACGUGGGGUGAUGGUGACAAGAACCGUCUUGGACACGGUGACAAAGACCCUCGGCUUAAACCAACGUGUGUCCCUGCGUUAAUCGAUUACAACUUCCACAAGAUUGCUUG